AUGGAGGUGCCACCGUCUGUGGAGAUCACCGACGGGCAGCGCCUUCAGACUGAGCAGCUGCAGGACGAGAGCAGUAUGGAUGGAGUACAGCAGAGUGGGGGGCAGGAGAUAGGGGAGCAGCAGACAUGGGAGCAGCAGAUUGGGGAGCAGCAGACAGGGGAGCAGCAGAUUGGGGAGCAGCAGACAGGGGAGCCGCAGACAGGGGAGCAGGAGAUGUGGGGAAUUAGAGAUGGUGGUCGUGUGUUGGCUUUUGAGACAAUCACUGCGCCACCGCGUCGCUCCACUCGCAUCACUCGUGGUAUCCCGCCACUUAAGGACCUGUCUGUCAACUCGCUCUAUGGCCCCAUACCACAGUACCUCACCCACUCUGACUCCAUCGAGUUCCUAUCUCUCUAUGCCAAUCAGCUGACAGGACCCAUCCCCGCCUUCUCCCCCAUGCUCAAGUCUCUCCAAAUCCACCAUAAUUUCCUUUUUGGCAGGCUGCCCGCUGCCCGCCACCUCAUAGACUGCGAUGUCAGCCACAACUGCUUGGUUGGAGGGAGUGCUGCCACGUGUCCCACCUUAUCCGCUCAGAGGCCAGGUGGCAAAUGCACAGUGGCUAAGAGGGCGUGUGCAUGUAAGGGGGGAAAGGUGUGUGUGGUGUGUGUGCCUGUAUAUGAUGGUGAUGAUGGGGACGGGAGCAGCGAGGGGGUGGAGAACGCAGACAACCCUCCAGAUGCAUUCCAAAUGCCCCGUGGGGACAUUCCAGUUCGUCAAUACUUGUGGUAA